UUCCGUAAUACUUGGAGAAGAUGCUGGCACACACAUGGCUGGAUUUCUUCCUGUCAACUGCCCCCUCAGCUCUCCUCCUGCUGCUGCUCUGGGCCUCCUCCAUAUGCCACACUUUCACUGUGCUGGGACUUUCCUGUCACUCCUGGCUGGAUAGCUCGCUCUCUCCACCUGCUUCCACAGCUUCCCGAGGAAUUCCACAUCUCCACAGCAAUCUGGGUCUUUUCCAGCAGUGCUACCCUCCCUGUCUCCCCUUCCUAUGCUCUGUUUUUCUCAGAGGAUUUGCUGAGGCUUUAUGCCCUUGGUAAUUCCAGUUCCUCCAGUCUCGUUAUUGUGCAUUGGUCAGGGAGGCUUGGGAUGUAAAGAAUGUUUUCUGCUUAAGGUAUGGAAUGAGGAAUCAAGAAAACUGGCUACUUUCCUGUUUUUGCCACAGGCCUGACAGGAAACUUCAGGAAAACCUGGCCAAAAGUCUUUUAUUCUGUGUAACUUUGGUAAGGUCUACAAAUACUCUUCGCAGGACAGGACAGCAUUUACAACCCCAAGUGCAAACGCUGCACUUGACAGGUCAGCUUUGAAAAUCCUGAGUGAGUGGGGAACUGAUGUGGACUAAUGAUGAAGUAUCAAAAGCAAGGCAGCUGAAAUUUCAGCCAGCCAAAAUCAGCAGCCAGUUUUACCUGCAUCAUAGUUUACUCUUCCAUAAAAUAGGGAUAAAGUUAUCUUUCUUGGGGUCCUGGGGAGGAAACAUUUUUUACCAUUGACACAUUUGCAUUUCAGAGGUGCCUACAGUGCCAAGCCAAAAAUCAGAAGCUUUUUACCUUUUCACAUCACAGAGAAAAGGGUGAGGUUUUUAUUCACAUCAGGCCAACAGUGUGGCAGAGUCCCUUACAAGACCAAGUGGGUUUUACACUUUUUCUACUUGCUUUACAGCUUUCUGUAUGAGGUGUUUCGCUUAGCUGUGAUUGAUCACUACAAGUCAGAGGGCACUAUUUCUUCUGCAGCUGGGUUUCUCAUAUGAAUUUAAAAUGUGCUUUCCAUUGAUUGUGACAGCACAACACUACUGGAUCUUGAACACAUGAGUUAAUAAAUCAGCAAGUGCUGCAAAUGAAACCCCCAGCUCUUCAGCUUGGAAGCUCACUGGAGCAGUGACACACACUGGAUGUUUCUACAGCAUUGCUGAGCUUCUCUGCCACCUCUGAGUGUUUUUGCAUUCCAAAGAGAUGACAAAGAAAGGCUCCCAUUGGGACAAUGUGACCUCUUGGGAUUGAAAAUUUGCACAACUAACAGGUCUGUUGGGGGACCUGAAGGGGUGAGGUCUCCAUGCCAUCUAAAGCCACUUGUGGUGUGCUAGUCAGGCCACACAGAUUAUGUGUCAUUGCUGCCAUUUGCCCUGCCAAGGGCAGGUGAAGGUAUAUGAACAGAACAACAUGCGUUAGUCACUAAAUGCUGGGCUACCACUGUCCCCCUCCAUUAUGGGGUGAUAGCAAUAAAACAUGAAUCCUAAAAACAACAAGGAAAGGGGAAAGAAAGAAGAUAAUCUCCUUAAAGAGAUCUCCAUGCCCUCCCUCAUGCUGCUGCUUUUCUGAUAAAGGCUAAAGCAAUUCAGCAGUGGAAAGGGGAAAGGGACUUUGCCAUGAAGGAGUGUGUGGGGGAGGGAUGAAAGUCUGUGCAUACUUUCUGAUAAUUUAUUGCUGGCAUCUGUUGCAGUCUCUGCUACCUACCCUUCUGUAAUAUAGGUCACCCACAUGCCCUGCCAGUGCUCAUAAGCCAAGCUGUUGAUGGAGUCUGAUCCCUCAGCCAUGAUCCAAGGGUAGUGCAAGGGACUUGGAGAGAUAAUCAGAGACAGAGGUUGCUAGGCUCUGUUUCUGACAGUGUCUCAUCCUAGUGACAGUCCCCUGUUGUCUCUAGCCCCAGUGCUGUUGUUUGGAGAAUGGGAUAGAUUUAUCUACCUUCUCAGAGCAGAAGCACUUCUGGCUCUUACCUCAGCCUUACUUCUGUGGGUCAUUAAACACAAAAUAACACCACCUGGCAGUUAAGGUAAGAGCCAUUCAUAGAGCACAUGGCACGCUUUGGAUAGAAGGUGACACAGAAUUGGGAAGAGUUACUAAGCCAGUUUGUGCAUACAGUAAACUGAAACCCUCCCUGCUCUUCCAGCAUGCUCCUUGGGACCCUCCCCACAGCAGCUAUGGCUUUGGAGUGAUGCUGCAAACAUUACUGGUGUCUGGGCACAGGGGAGCAGGCACAAGGCAGGAAUAGUGCCCUCUGUAGCUUUUAGGCCCUGGCAAGUGCUGUGGAGUCAUUAUAAUCCCCUCUGCACCCCCCAGUAAGGUUUGCUGUUCAAUCUAAUUAGGGGAAUCCUCAUUAGAGAGUCCUCUAGAGUCUGACAGCAGGCCAAAUGUCCAAGUGGCACUUCAGCUUGGUGUAUUUUUGGCCACUGGAGCCCAUGGGCCAGAAACGGAUGAUUUCAUUUUGUUGCUUUGAGCUGAUACUAAAAAAGUUGUCUUUUGCUGUCCUAUUUGAAACAGUAAUAGGAAAAGGCCAUUACCAGCCCCACAGGCAACCCUGCUUUCUCAAGAAUGUGGAAAGACAUUCAACUCCAAGCACAUAGAAGAAAGCUCUGGCCACUGUGCCCCACGGAUAACAGGGCAUUCAGCUGACAUGUUGCUCUAGAGAGAAGGAACCAUCUAGAAAGCCCAUGAGAAAGACAAAUGCCUGGUUUGUGGAGCCCUUGGGUGGCUUCAGAGCAUUCAGAGCUCCAGCAAUGCUGACCAGCCUUGAGCCCCCAAACCCAAGCAAUGCCAGGCAAGCUCAGAACAGAUGGCACGGUGCCUCUCUUGUUGAGAUGGGGACAUACAGGGAGCACUCCUAGGUCUGACACAGUGCUCACUGCUGGAAAAAUCCCUGUCUGUCAGGCUGAAAGCAGCCAGACACAUCUGGUGCUGCUUUGGAGAGGCUGGAGGUGUGGGCAGGUGCUAUUUGCCCCAAGAUUACAUGCUCCCAGUGCUGCACUGGCAGUGCGUGCAGUUGGCCUGGUGCUCUGCAGAGCAGAAGGCAUCUCUUGGGCCACAAGAAAACUGCUAAUUAAGUCAGAAUUCAAGACAAGUCAAAGGAAACCUUUAAAAAAAAAAUCUUAAAAAUCCUCUCUGCCUCCUUGCUCUCUCCUGACUGUGGAAUAUUAAUCACUAAGGGUAUAAUGUUCUUAUGGGCAGUAGAUGCGUAGGAGAAACUGUUUUUUCUUUUUCCUGGAUCUUUGGAAUUAAAAUUUCUCCAUGAACAUACUUCUACAAGGUACAAAUGCAGAAGCUCAUUGGCCCUCACUUUUCAGCAGCCAAGAAUGUCUAUGUAUUCCAAAUCUACUUCUCUGCCACCUGGGCAUAUGGUAUGCUUGGAGAAGCAGGCAGCUUUGUGGAAGAUAUGGAGGUUAAUAAAUAAGGGUUACAGAAGAGUCCCUGGAACAUGUGCAAGCCCAGCUCCAUGCUCACAUUUGUAAAUGUAAGCUAGGUUGGUGACUGUGCAUUUAUACAUGAAGGUAGCUGCUUUUAAGUCUUGGAAACACGUGUAUGAGUGCACACAGGGUGGCUGCUAUCUAUGGAGUGGGGAGUGUGGCAUAUAUGUGACAUGCUUUAAAAUAAUCUUGGGUUUAUCAAGGCCCCUCCAUCUCAGUGCAUGUUGCAGUGCAGGAGACUGACAUUAAAGCCUGAACAGGUGUUAAUCACUAUGCACUGUAAUAAAUUCUAAACAUAGGGAAAAGGCUUAUUUAUACAUGGCUGCUCCUCCCACCCUGCACUCUCUGCUUGAGCCUUGGUGCUGCCUGAGGGAAAGAGGCGCCCGUGAGGUACCAGAAAUGAGUGCUAGAGCUGGACUUGCCCUGCUGGAGCAGAAGGAGCAGGGUGGAAACCCUGACCCUGUCCCCAUCCUCAUGCCCGGGUGUGCCUGCCCUGCCCUCGGUCCCCAUUGUUUCUUGGGGACAGUUUGGAUGAAUUUCACAGAGCAUGGUGGGAGAGGCACCAGUGCAUGGCCUGAGUGGGGGCCUGGGCUGAGGGGACACAGCAGAGGGAAACGUGUCAUAAACCACCCAAGGAAGCUGGUUUUUUUUUUUUUUAAUUGCUUAGCCCCCCUAAUUGGAACAAAGCCAGCUGAUACAGAUGGGGUGUUACAAAACAGAGCCAAAAGGCAAGAGCACAAGGAACAGAGCUAUCUAUAACCCUGACAAAGUUAGAUGGAGUGAAGGUGGGGAAGAGGGAAAGGCAGAGCAUGGCAGGCGGCUGCCCCUGAUGCUGAGAGCAAGGACGUGAUCAUUUGGCAACAGGAUUUGGAGCUGAUCGACUGGCGCUAUCCAGCAGGCAGAUAAGGCUCUGUGGCUGUCAGCUUAACUCUGCCGUUUAUUCCAGUGCUGGAGGGAGUUAAAUAGAGCACACAGAAAGCCUGCUGCUGGGGAGUGAAAGUCAAGGAGGGAGAGGGAAGGAAGAGGCUGUAAUUGGGCAGUGUCCGGGCAGUCGGGUGGAAGUGGCUGCAGGCAGAACCCCUCCAGGACCUGGCAGGCAGGCUACAAGGUCAUUCCUUCUCCCUCUGGGGCCCUUUGCCAGGCUGGCUGUUGGAUGUGAAGACACGCUGGAGAAAACCACGAUGCUGCCUACAAGUGCUGGCCACCCGUGGAGGAGCAGGUUCCUCAUGAGGUGGCAGGAGGCUUGUCUGCUUGGCUGCUGGCUCUCAUUAUGUGCUGCUGAGUCCUUCUUUGCUUGUCCUUCCUCCUGCAAGUGUAACAGUGGCAACCUGGAAGUGGACUGUAGUGGCUUGGGCCUCUCUUCCAUUCCCUCAGACAUCCCCACAAACACCAGGACCUUCCUCUUUCUCAACAACAAACUCAGCAUCCUGCCAGGAGCAGUGUUUUCCAACCUCUCUGCACUACAGAGGUUGGAUCUAUCCAACAACUUCUUGGACCAGCUCCCGCAGAACAUCUUCAGUGAGCUGGGGAACCUCACAGAGCUCCAGCUGAGGAACAACAGCAUCCGGGCCUUGGACAAGGACCUGCUACAACACACGGCCCUGCUGCGCCAGCUGGAUCUCUCCAUCAAUGGCUUGGCCCAGAUUCCUUCAGGCAUCUUUGACGACCUGCCUGCUCUCCGCUCCCUCUCCCUCAGGUCCAACCGCCUGCAGAGCCUGGACAGGGUGACCUUUGAGCCUCUAACCAGCCUGCAGCAGCUCCAGGUUGGGGAUAACCCCUGGGAAUGCGACUGCAACCUCCGAGACUUCAAGCACUGGAUGGAAUGGUUCUCCUACCGAGGUGGGAAAAUCGACCAGCUGGCCUGCACCUUGCCCAAGGAGCUGAAAGGAAAGGACAUGCGGAUGGUGCCCAUGGAGAUGUUCAACUACUGCUCCCAGCUGGAUGAUGAGAACAGUUCUACAGUGCUGGACAAUACUGGCCCACCUUGCACUAAAGGAAGCCCUGCUCCUUCCAAAUCUAAAUCAGGCCCAGAAACAGAAGUGGAGCCCAGUGUGGGAUGCCCUCAGAAACAGCGGUACAGGCCUGUGAGCGUGCGCCGGGCUAUUGGCACUGUGAUCAUUGCAGGGGUGGUUUGUGGCAUUGUUUGCAUCAUGAUGGUGGUGGCAGCUGCCUAUGGUUGCAUCUAUGCCUCCCUCAUGGCCAAGUACCACCGGGAGCUGAAGAAGAGGCAGCCACUCAUGGGUGACACAGAAGGCGAACAUGAAGAACAAAAACAAAUCUCUUCUGUGGCGUGAAACUGUUCUAGGAAGGAAGGGACAGCGAUGAAAAAAGGUACCUGAGAGCAGUCAAGCAUGGGGUCCUCCCAAAAUACAUCUUCCCAGACAGACUGUGCUAUUGCUCCACUCACCCAAGUAGUGCAACAUGCUUCUGGGGGGUCAGGGCACCUGGCUCAAUUUCUUUUCCUUUGCCCCAGGCCCAUUUUGUGCCCUUUCAUCCUUGGGCCCUCCCAGAAAAAUAAAGUAGAGUCAGACCUCGAGUGCUUGCUGUGCCUCAUGCCCUUGCACAGAGCUUCCCUCACAUGCCUGCUGCAAAGGCAGCUGGCACCUUCUGGGACCCUGUGUCAUCCUCUCAGCUUCGGUCCCAAGUCAUCCUGUGUCCUGUCAAGAGUUCUCUGCAAACAGAGAGCAGCUGUGUGAAUCCUUAUGUGGGGAGCAGGACACCAGAAGUGUCCAUGCCUCACUGUUAGGUCACUGCUGUUUUGUGGCAUCACAAAGUUGCUGCCUACCCUAUAAAUCAGUGCUACCAAGAUUACAUCAGAAGGGAGGCAAGGUCCCUGUGGUAGGGCAACAGUCAGUGGUAGAUUUCCCUUCUCACUUUUAGAAGUGGAAAGAUAUCUGUAUCACCCUAACACACUGCCAGGGAGCACAGUGUCCCUCUUUUUGCUCCUGGCCAAGUCCAAACCUUUGAGCUGACACACACAUCAUCUGCUGCAGGUGCACAGGCACAGUCAUCCUCCUGUACACACACACACUGACUCAUUCUGAUCCCAACACGCACACACAGAGCCAGUCCCAGUUCCAGGCAUCCAGGCACCCCACCUGCACAUGCAGAGCUAUCACUCAUGCCCAUGCUGACCUGCCCACUGCAUGCAGCCAUGAAUACAUCCAGCCACUUUACCUUACCCUGAUCAUAGUAGUGCGUAUCACUUUCUGCUUCAGACAAAAAACAUGCACACGCCACUGAGGAGUAACAAAAACAUCUCAGCCAUAGUGCUGAGCCAGUGGGAACUGGCAGAAGAGGAGGAUGGAGAGAGGCAAAGUUAUUGAGAUUAUAGCACCAGUCUGUGGAAAUAAGUACACGGCAUGAAAAAAAAAAAAAAAAAGGUGUGUUCUUAUCUAUUUUAUGUCUUCUCUAAUAAAUGGAGGGGGUAAGGAUAUGAAGCCUCCAUUUAGAAAUGUUUGAUUGGCAGAUCAGAAGUGGGUCAUCAGGAAAGACUAGAGGAGGAGGUGGCUUAGCAGGAGCGUAAGCCGUGCUGAGUAGUGUGAGCCUAGGGGAAGGUGUCAGGGGAAGAAGUCACACAACCCAGGAGCUGCCAUGGCUGGCACAGGGGCCAGCAUGGUGUGUGGAACAGGGUGGUGCAGCCAGGGUGACCAAAAAGAGUGUGCAGAGUUAUGGAGGGUCUUGAGGUGAAGGCUGGAACCUGGAGCACAGUGUGGCACACGAGGGAGAGCUCAGGAAGGGUCUGGCACGGAAGGCAGCAGAGCCCACAUGCACUCCCUUCACCAUCACUGGGGUGUCCAAUGACACCCACAGCUGCACCUGAGUGUGCCCACACAAACAGCUGUGCACACUGCCACUGUCACGUACGGUGACUUCCCCCAACCAGAUUUUAAAACCCUCAGAUUGCAGUGCCUCCUAUUAGUCUUAGCUCAUUCUGACCUGACAGGGAAAAAAAAAAAAAGUGAGAGGGAAAAAAAAAAAGAAAGGAACUCAACAUAAGGACUCAUUUUGUAUCACUGGAAGUGGGAUAAAAUGCUGUCUCCAGGGGAGAGCGCACAUUGCCAUGGUAACCUGCUAUAACCCGUCACAGUGGGUAUUCCUGGGCGAGGAAGAUGACACCGGAGGUCGUGCAUCCACAGUGCCUGUGGAUGGUGUGAUCCCUGCCAUCAGGAAACAAGCUGGCAGCCAGCCCAGCUUUGCAGGGAGUUUCACUAGCAACCUGUGUUCAGAGCCCUGCAUGCUCUGCAGGUGGAUCCUACCAGGUCACAUUACCUCUUCCACCUGCUCCAUCUGAAUCCCACUGCCGUCGGACAUCUCACAGUCCUCCUGCUUGCUGUGACUGGAUCCCUGUGGAAGCAAUGCACACUGGCUCCUCACUCCUUCUGGUCCCACAGAGGUGGCUGUACUGAUCCGGGGGCACACACCAUCACUGAUCAAAGCCUAGAGUGGCUUGGAUCCCUCCUGGUCUACCCAGGGUCACCAGAGCCAAGGAAAAAGGGUGCUCUGGACUGUUCUAUCAUGACUUCCCUUCAUCACGGGGAUGCAUGGGGCAGAGGAGGAUGUUCUUCAGGGAAGCAGAAGACCAGGCUGCCAGGAAGAACUGGGAGAAGCAGUCAGCCCGCCCACCAGUGUGCACACACGCUUUCCCCCUGCUUCCAUCACACUGUGGGAAAGAGGAAGCAAAGGAGGGGGGCUGUGAAAUGUGAGGAGGAAGGACUCUUCCCCCAUGCACUGUACAGCCACCCCAACCAUCCCAUCUGCUCCAAGCGUAGCCCGCUCUGAAGGGCAGAACUGGUGCACUGCAGACUCCGUAUGUGUGUUAUUGCUGUUCCACACUCCCAGCAAGCCAGACUCUGCCUGCUGGAUCCAAACCUCUCCCCAACCUCCCUCUCAGGGGAACGUCUCCCUUUACCAUACUGGACUCCGCAAUCAUACUUGAAACGGGACUUGAGUCAGAGCGGUAUAUUUAUAAAUCUAUAUUUUACUUGCAUCAAAUAAUGGUGACAUAUUGCACAAAACAAAUGGGAUCUAUAUAUAUGUGUGUGUGUGUGUGUGUGUGUGUGUGCGUGUGUGAGAGAAGAGAGAGACUGUUUCUAAGGGAAUAGACUAGAGGUGAAAUGAAUGGGAAGAAGGUAGGGGACAAUGCAAGGGUUGAGGAUGUGAAAUCCUCCUUUCCCUGCACCUUCCCUGUGACCUCCUCCUGCCCUGACCAAUUUUUCUUUGUUGCUAAUAAUAUUUUCUAUAUCCUGUGUUGCAGGGCUGGUGAUGACCUUGCCCAUCCUUUCCUUUUUUUGUUUUAAUUUAUACAGCGGAAAGUCUGGAUUUAUCUCAACCCUAGACAAGGGACUGCUAUGUUUAGAAACCCACCCAGGAAAGGAGAAGACAGGAAAGGGGAGAACUGAAUGUUUCUGGGAAACACAAAUGCUGGCUAUGAGGAGUCCCUCUGGAAAGCAAAUACUCUGUUUGGCAGGAUGAGGACCUGUCCUUUUGCAUGCAGAGCAGAGUAACUGGGCUCACUGGGAAGUGCCCUCUUCAUGGCACUCUUUGCAAACAGGCUCUGUCUCCAUUCCCCAGCACACCUGGAAAUCAGGCUGCUCUGCUAUGUCUGAGCUGCUGCACUGCCCACAGGCACUGUGGGGAACACAGCAUCCUGAGUGGGCAGAAACAAAGCUCUGCAGGAUGCUGGAUACUGAAUGACACCCAGUGCUCCUUGUGUGCCCAGCCAACCCAGGGUUCUUCUGCUGUGUGGGGACAGUGGCUCCUGUUGUCCCUACAGGCUUGGCUGGGCAUGGGGGAAUCUCCCUGGAUGCACCCUCUGCUGCAGGCAGCUGCUCCAAUGACACAUGCAGGUGCCUGCCCUCAGGAAAGGGUCUUCUGGGGCCAGCAGGUCCAACACAUGCCAGGGCGAUGUAGGGCUGGCAGGGCCACCAGAAACAGUCCUCCUGUUCCCCCUGCUCCCCUUCCCCACACCUGUAGGGACAGGUAGGCACAUCCCUUGCAGGGAACAGAUGGCACUUGUAAUUCCUUUUUCUUUUUUGUUACUGUUUGAGGGAGAGCAACAAGAUUUUCUAAAAUGAUUGAAUGGAGGUUUCUUUGGCAUGAGACAGAAAUUUUUAAAGGUAUAUUAUAUUUCUGGCUUGUUGUUACAGAAUAAUAAUAAAGAAUGUAUUUUCCUA